CUUCCUUUUCUUCCCCUCCUCAUGGAUUGUUGGUCCCCUUCUCACCCUCUCGACGACGAGUUCGAGAAGCUCGUCAAUCGCAUGAACCCUCCAAGGGUCACCGUUGAUAACGAUUCCUGCCCAAACGCCACUCUCAUCAAGGUUCAUAGUGCUAAUAAGCGAGGGAGUUUGCUGGAAGUGGUUCAGGUUCUUAAUGAUUUGAAUCUCACCAUUAGACGGGCUUACAUUUCUUCUGAUGGCGAGUGGUUCAUGGAUGUGUUUCAUGUAACGGAUCACCGUGGGAACAAGCUCUCUGAAAAUGGAGUUGCUGAACGUAUUCAACAGUCACUCGGGCCAAGGGCUCUGAGUUUCCGUUCAUUGAGAUCGGUCGGUGUUCAAGCUGCCGAGAAACAUACAACCAUUGAAUUGACUGGAAGAGAUAGGCCUGGUUUGCUCUCUGAGGUUUUUGCUGUUAUAGCAGACCUCAAAUGCAAUGUGGUAGCUGCAGAAGUUUGGACUCAUAAUUCGAGAAUGGCUUCCGUUGUGUACAUCACUGACGAGGCUACUGGGCUGCCACUUGAUAAUCCCGACCGGCUUGCUAAGAUAAAGCGGCUUCUCCUUUACAUCUUGAAAGGGAAUCGGGAUAAGCGCAGUGCCAACACUGCUGUUUCUGUGUGUUCUACUCACAAGGAAAGGAGGCUGCAUCAGAUGAUGUAUGAAGACCGUGAUUACGACCGAGAUGACUUGGACUGUGGCUCAACAAGUGAUCACAGAAAACCCCUUGUAAUUGUAGAGAACUGUACCGAUAAGGGAUAUACCGUUGUGAACUUGAGGUCUCUCGACUGUCCAAAGUUGCUGUUUGAUACUGUUUGCACGCUAACAGAUAUGCAGUAUGUAGUGUACCAUGCUACUGUCAUUGCUGAAGGACCAGAGGCUACUCAGGAGUACUAUAUCAGGCAUAUGGAUGGAAGUCCUAUUAGUUCUGAAGCAGAGAGGCAAAGAGUAAUCCAUUGCUUAGAGGCUGCCAUUCGAAGGAGAAACUCCGAGGGUAUAAGACUAGAACUUUGCAGCGAUGAUAGGGCUGGACUCCUUUCCGAUGUGACUCGAAUCUUUAGAGAAAACGGUCUUUCAGUCACUCGAGCUGAUGUUACCACUCGCGGUUCUCAAGCUGUCAAUGUGUUCUAUGUCACUGAUUCAUCUGGGAGUCCAGUCAAGAUACAGAUGAUCGAAGCAAUUCGAAAAGAGAUUGGCCUCACUAUACUCCAUGUCAUAGACGACGAAUCCUGCACAAAAUCUCCAUCUCCAGAAAGCAGUAGAUUUUCGCUCGGUAAUCUUUUUCGAUCAAGAUCAGGGAAGUUUCUUUAUAACUUGGGCUUGAUAAACUCGAGUUCUUGAGGAAAUUGGGUUGGUAAAAUGUUAGAAAUGUCCAUGUGAAGGAAUGGGCCUAGAGAGUGCUCAAAAUUGUAACACAGUUUAGAUCAAUCCCUUCGUUGAUCUUUGCAAGUUAAAUUUCAAGUUGUACAGUAGUAUUAAUCAUCAUGUACAUGAAGAAUUUACAAUCCCA